AUGGAGAGUGAUUUAUCAGAUGUUAAUGGGGUUGAUGACGCUGGAGAUGUAGAUGUUGAUGAUGAAGGUUCACUGGAAGAAUAUUCAAUUCUGGAGGCACAAGAGGAUGAUUUGUAUGUUGAAGGUGACGAGGAUGAUGGCGACUACCAGUACGAAGAUGUGGAUUAUGAGGAAGAACCUGUUCCAUCAUCCAAAAGAGCGAGUAGGUCAGCAAGAACCAGAGUUACGUACGAUUAUGCGGAAAACAAUGAGGAAGAUUAUGAAGAUGAGAAGGAGCAAAUUGAAGGUAUGGAAGAGGAGGAGGAGGAAGAAGAAGAAGAAGAGGAGGAGGAAGAGGAGGUUUUAGAUGAGGUGGAGGAGGAGGAAGAGGAGGAGCAGGCUAAUUUACAACAGGUAGAGGAUGUAGACGAGGUAGUACCGUCUCCAAAGAAGAAAAAAGUAUCAGCUAUUGCCUUUGCAGGGGAAGAUGACGAAGAGGAUGAUGAUGACGACGAUGAGGAAGAUGAAAAGGAAGCGCAAGUCGUAGCUAAGGCAAGGGCAAAGUCACGUAGCAAGAUGGUUUUAGAUUUGAUGGAUGAGAGUAAUGUGAGAAAAAGAGGUACAGACAACUUAACAGAAGAAGAAUUACAACUCCGGAGAGCAGAGAAUGCUCGUAAACGUAGGAAUCUAUCUGAAAAGAAAUUAGAAGAGGAAAAGCAGGACACUAUUAAUAAAUUGUUGAAGAGAAGAGCAGGUAAGUCAAGAUCGAAUCUGAAUGUGCAGGAGAAAGAAUCCACGUCAGACGAACAAAUAUCAUACGUAAAGCCACGCCGUCCCUACAACUCCGAUGGCAUGAUUAGAAUCUUGCGUACCAUUGAUAUGGACGUCGUAGCUACCGAUCCACUAAAAAGCUCUUCCAGAACAGGCGAUUCCGUUUCCAGUUCCGCUACGAUUGCUGCCCAGCCAUAG